AUGAUGAUAGACAAAGCUAUGCUAGAUGAUACUGGUGCCGCUCAUUUUCCUCUUGAACAUACCCAUGGAACUAUGCUUCUCAUGGAUGAACCUCCACCUGCAUAUGAAGAUCCGAAGAUCGACUUUAGCAGUGGAUGGAAAGAUCGUAUCUUUGCUAUCAUCUUUUACAUUCAUGUAAUUGGUGUAAUCAUUGUUGGAUUAGUAUUAGGCUUACCGGCCUUCAUUGCAUCGAUCAAAGAAAAUUCAUGGAAUCAACUCAAGCGAAUUCCAUUUGCUGAAGCUCAUUUAGGAGCAGGUUGUGCUGUAUUACGUAGUCAUCCUUCAUUGCUGUUGAUUGCCUUCAUCAUGCUCAUCGUUGAAUUGUUAUGGUUCUUCGUCUGGUGUCUUAUGGUAUUAGCAACCUUUGGAAAUAUAAGUCACUUUGUUACGGCAUGUGCUGUUGGUCAUUGGUGGUUCACUGGUGAAGGUAGUCGACAGUAUACCAUUGGGACGAGUGUGAGGCGAGCAUUUACCACUAAUUUUGGAACAAUCUGUCUCGGUUCUCUUCUUGAGGCUAUUAUCAAAGCUCUGCGCGCUUGUAUAAGCAAAGAUGGUCGCAAGAAUAUUAUUGCUGCUAUUGCUGAUUGUAUUCUUCAAAUACUUGAAAAACUUAUCGGUUAUCUCAAUGAAUGGGCAUUUAUUUAUGCAGCACUUACCGGUCAAACAUUUGUUGAAGCUGGUCGAAGCUUCAUUGAGUUGUUUAAAAAGCGUGGCUGGACAGCCAUAAUCAACGAUGUGCUCGUUGGAAGCACCAUGAUGAUUGUCAAUAUUGCCAUAGGCCUCACUUCUGCUAUAGUCGGUGGUCUCCUGAUCUACUUUUUUAUGUCAGAUUCACCAGAGAAAAUUAUAGCGAUUAUUAUGGCAUCAAUCGUCAGCUUUAUUAUCAGUUUAUUUAUGAGUGCACUUAUGGCAUCAGUUUUAAGUUCUUGUGUUCGCACAGUAUUCGUCUGCUUUGCUCUCAAUCCGGCGGCACUCGGCGCAACUCAUCCUGAUCAUUUACAAGCUUUAACCAAUGCUUGGCAUAAAUUUUAUCCGCAAGAAUUUGCCGUUAGUGGCUAUACUCAACAUUUACCGAAGCCAACUAUGACAAAAGACUUGUGA